AUGUCGGUCUCCGCCGUUGACGUGGGCGCCACUUCGCCCGUGUUCCUCUCGAUUUCCACCUCUAAAGCCGCCUGGGGGAAAACACUCUGCCUCUGCCGUGCCUCGGCUUUUCCGUCGUUAUCACCCUGUUUGGCGGGCAUCCCCACUUCCUCUGCGCUGUCUGUUUCUUAUAGACGCCUGCGCGCGCCUUCCUCACCCGUACCUGGUCUGUUGGCCCUUACUGGCAUUAUCUCAGCACCCCCCAGUCCUCUGGUGGGAGGACCUGUUUGCAAUCCGCGAGUUCAUACUUGUGAAAUUUGCUGGACUGCGUCCUGCUCGACUCGCCUGACGCUUUGGUUUAGCCGAGUGCCAGCGAGCGAGUCAUUGCCAACUUUCCAGCAGGCUCUGGCAGGCUUCAACUGGGCCUGUUUUACUUGUUUGAAAUGUACUCUUGCGGCGGUUGCGGCUAUGAGCAAAGCAUGGUCGCCUAUAGGAUCCCCUCGCACAUGCUCAUACAAGGAUAUAGGAAUCAUUGACCUCAGGAAAGCGAAGAAGUUCAUGAGAGUGCCACUUAGGAGCGGCAUUAUGCAUGUUCGAGGUUCCAGGCUCUGGAAUGCGUCAGUUUGGCGCCUAGCUCAUCUUUGCUCAGCAGUCAUGGACACUUGCCAAAAGUGUGUCAAGCGUGCUGCUGCGAAGUCCGAAGUUGAACGUGGGGAUGUCGAGUGCCAGCCACAAUGCUUAGGCUGCUCUGUUAUUUACCUUUUCAUGAAACAUGAGCGGUGUGGUGCCUGCAUCCAGAAAGAGCUGGAUGCCAACAGUGAGGAACCUCUAUAUCUUCUUCGAAUAUCAAAAAACAGCAUCCAACCAUCACCUCAACCAAGCUGCAAGCAAAAUCCUCAGCUCCAACAAGCAACUCGGAUGAAGGAGCAACUAGCGAUGGUUCGCAAGGCUUCAAAAGUCGACACAUAUACAACUGAAAUCUCGUUAUGGAUCUAUCCGCUGGGUGGAAAGGCUGCCAAACGGGUGCAGACAUUACCUCUUCAUCGGAUCUGGAAGGGAAGUGAAUUGGCGAAAGAUGUUCUUGAGUUUGCCAAGGCCGAGUUGAAGAAGGCUCACAACAAUGUAAUCUUGGCACAGCAGUCAACUCCCAUUCCGUUGAAUUUUGCAGAUGUACAAUUCGGACUCUCGGCGAACAAAACUGUUCACCACUUUGAACCCACUGAAACUCACUUAGUCGGAACAGUGGAUGCGAUGUUCGAAAGCUUGAAGCUUGACUCAAAACUCAAUACACCUCGGAAAAAAGCUAUCUCUAGCUUUGAUGUUGAUGAUGUGGCCCCAAUUGAUAUUCCUUUCGACAGCUAUGAGUACACACGAAUGACGGUGACCACAGAUAAAGAAGGACAUGUUCAAGAUCACAUCUGUCUUGAGCCCAAGACGAUAAAAAUUGCCAGGGAUUGGAAGAAAAACAUUGGUGAUGGUCCAAAGGAUGGGUAUCUGGCAAAAGGUUUCAUGAAAUUCGCAUUUUUGUGCAAACCCCAACGUGUCACUGAAGCGCAGAACCGAAUCAAUCUGAUUGCUGAGCUGCGACUUCUAGCUCUGGGUCAAUAUUUUGCCGAGUCCUUCGCCUUGCGACUUGCAGUGCAUGAAGUAGACGCGAGUACAAGUAUUCGCUGGAAUUUCCAAGAUGCUUUUAUUGGCGAUGUUAGCUCUGGUAUGCUUCCGUGCCCCGACAUUGGUGAGGAAGACCUUCAGAGCCUGAGCUUCCCGACUUUCUUGGCGGCGCCUCUGAUCACUACGACUGGACUCUAUACUGAGCGCAAGUUCAGUGGGAGUGACGCCACUGGAAACAACCUUGAUGAAGUUGGUCGGAUUGUUGAUGCCUAUGCUCACCACGUCUUGGUGGAUAGUCAAGGCUCUUACCUUCUGACAGAUUUGCAAGGGCCUGAUAAAGAAGUUAUUUUAUUUGACCCACAGGCUCAUUCAUAA